UUAGGAUCAGGGUCUGGUGAAGGGGCAGGAGGCAGCAUGUCGGGCCGCAAAGGUGGCAAAAAGAAGCCCCUAAAACAGCCCAAGAAGCAGACCAAGGAGAUGGAUGAGGAAGAUAAGACUUUUAAGCAGAAACAAAAGGAGGAACAGAAGAAACUGGAGGAGCUAAAAGCCAAGGCCAUGGGGAAGGGUCCCCUGGUCACAGGCGGAAUUAAGAAAUCUGGCAAAAAGUAAGCUGUUCUCACAUCUGAGGUGAUGGUGACCCUCCUCUUCCAUUCCUAUUUAAACAUCUGGAUUCCCUGCCAUAACAUCUUUGCUACUACAACUAGAAUGAAGUGUUAUCCUGUAACCUGUCAAAUAUCUGGAUUCCCUGUCAUAACAUCUUUGCCACUGAAUAGCUAGAAUGAAGUGUUAUCCUGGAGCCUGUUGUUGUACAUUGUAAUGAACUUUUGUAAAAAAAAAA